AUGGCCCUUGCAGAACCGGAAUCGACGGUGCUGUGGCGGAUCUCGGUGCCAGGCGAUCCAUCUUGGGGGCUGGUGACCUUCGAGGAGGUGGCUGUGUAUUUCACCAGGGAAGAGUGGGCUCUGCUGGACCCCACUCAGAGAGCCCUCUACAGGGAUGUCAUGCAGGAGAACUAUGAGAAUGUGACCUUGCUGGGGUUUCCUGUUACUCAGCCUGAUGUGAUCUCCCAGCUGGAACAGGGGGAAGAGCCAUGGGUCCCAUGCUUCACUGAGAGUUCAGACCUUUCUGUACAUCAGAGAAUCCACACAGGGGAGAGGCCCUACAAAUGCAGUGAGUGUGGGAAAACCUUCAAUCGCAGUUCGGACCUUAUUAGGCAUCAAACAAUCCACACAGGGGACAGGCCCUACGAAUGCAGUGAAUGUGGAAAAUGCUUCACUAGCAGCUCAAACCUUUCUCAACAUCAGAGAAUCCACACAGGGGAGAGGCCCUACGAAUGCCGUGAGUGUGGGAAAACCUUCACUUACAAAUCAGGCCUUUCUAGACAUCAGAGAAUCCACACAGGGGACAGGCCCUAUGAAUGCAGUGAGUGUGGGAAAACCUUCAAUCGCAGAUCAGGCCUUUCUAGACAUCAGAGAAUCCACACAGGGGACAGGCCCUACGAAUGCAGAGAGUGUGGGAAAACCUUCACUCAAAUAUCAGCCCUUUCUCAACAUCAGAAAAUCCACACAGGGGACAGGCCCUAUGAAUGCAGAGAGUGUGGGAAAACCUUCACUCAAAUAUCAGCCUUUUCUCAACAUCAGAGAAUCCACACAGGGGAGAGGCCCUUUGAAUGCCGUGAGUGUGGGAAAACCUUCACUUACAAAUCAGGCCUUUCUAGACAUCGGAGAAUCCACACAGGGGAAAGACCCUACGAAUGCCGUGAGUGUUGUAAAACCUUCAGUCGCAGCUCGCACCUUAUUAGUCAUCAAACAAUCCACACAGGGGACAGGCCCUAUGUAUGCAGAGAGUGUGGGAAAACGUUCACUCAAAGUUCAGCCCUUUCUGUUCAUCAGAGAAGCCACACAGAUGAGAGGCCCUAUGAAUGCAGAGAGUGUAGGAAAACCUUCACUCACAGAUCAACCCUUUCUGUUCAUCAGAGGAUCCACAGAGGGGAAAGGCCCUAUGUAUGCAGUGAGUGUGGGAAAACCUUCACUCAAAGUUCAGCCCUUUCUCUUCAUCAGAGAAUCCACACAGGGGAGAGGCCCUAUGAAUGCAGAGAGUGUGGGAAAACCUUCAAUCACCGCUCACACCUUAUUACCCAUCAGAGACUCCACACAGGGGAGAGGCCCUAUAAAUGCUGUGAGUGUGGAAAAUGCUUCACGAAGAGUUCAGCCCUUUCUCAGCAUCAGAGAAUCCACACAGGGGAGAGGCCCUAUGAAUGCAGUGAGUGUGGGAAAACCUUCUCUUGGCACUCAUCCCAUGUUACCCUUCUUAAUCAUCAGAGAAUCCACACAGGCGACUGGCCCUAUGAAUGCAGUGAGUGUGGGAAAACCUUCACUCAAAUAUCAUCCCUUUCUAGACAUCAGAGAAUCCACACAGGGGAGAGGCCCUACGAAUGCCGUGAGUGUGGGAAAACCUUCAAUCGCAGAUCAGCCCUUUCUGUUCAUCAGAGAAUCCACACGGGGGACAGGCCCUACGAAUGCCGUGAGUGUGGGAAAUCCUUCAAUCGCAGAUCAGUCCUUUCUGUUCAUCAGAGAAUCCACACGGGGGAAAGGCCCUAUGAAUGCCAUGAGUGUGGGAAAACCUUCAAUCGCAGAUCAGACCUUUCUAAACAUCAGAGAAUCCACACGGGGGAAAGGCCCUAUGAAUGCUGUGAUUGUGGGAAAAGCUUCAAUCGCAGCUCAGCCCUUUCUGUUCAUCAGAGAAUCCACACAGGGGACAGGCCC